UCCAGCACCUGGUUCCUCGUUAAGAUGACGACUCUCAACGGUGCGCCAGUCGACACCCAAACCCCGGGCCUUGCAGAUACCUCCAUCACCAAGGAUGGCUUCCGCAUCACGACGCGGAAGCUGCCCAUUCUCAAAGCGGGGCCCAUCGAGGAAAUGACGCAGAAUUUGGGUAUUGCGCCGCCCGAGAUGAUAUUUGGUGACAACCUUACGCGCAUCGAGCAUGCGCCCACUGGCUGGUUUAUUGAAUUCAACGCAUUCGAUGCACUGGAUCGCGUGGACAAGACCGGCGAGAGCAUGCUCAAAGUGUCUUAUUCGAAAGAGUGGCAGCAAAAUCGUCAGAAACAAUUCGAGGAUAUCAAAGAAGUGGUCAAACCCUUCGACUGGUCAUACAGUACCGACUACAAAGGGACCACUCCAACGAACCCUGCGUUCCAACCAACCGAAACUCCUAUUCCUCUAGCUCUUCUCAGACGCCCCGAUCCAAUACAAUUCUUUGAUGACGUUGUGCUUUACGAAGACGAAUUAGCGGACAAUGGUAUUGCCAUGUUAUCUUGCAAGAUCCGCGUCAUGCCCGCUCGUCUAUUGCUCUUGGUUCGCUUCUUCAUGAGAUUGGAUGGCGUUUUGUUCAGAAUUCGAGACACUAGGGUCUUCAUCGAGUUUGCGACCGGGGAAGUCAUAAGGGAAUACACCGCUAGGGAAGAAAAGUAUGAGGUAGUUCGCAAAAGGCUCGCUGGAACUAGAGAGGACGUCCUUGCAAUCAUGCGGGACCCCAAUCCCCUGCAGGAGUACGUUCCUGUGGUGGAGAAGGUCCUAGAGAAAGUCGUAUUGAAGUGAGCAAAUAUGCUCAGCGGAUAUGUACCAGGCACAGUAGAAGCCGUGAGUACGUGCUUUGCAUCGCAGCUGAGACAAGGCCAUACAUGGCACAAAUUGGCGGGCUAGCAAUAGGCGCCAAUCGCCGUGUCGAGCGCUCGGUGGGAAGAAGGGAUGCAAAGAACGCGGCCAAGCUGCCGGCUGACUUCUUUCGGCUCAUCUAUCGAAGACGCUAUGGCUCAUGUGGGAUUCGAUUAAUGAGGGCGAUCCAGCGGGCGAAAGGCAUGCAAAUUGGUGCCGAGCCCGACCUCGGUUGUGUGGUUUGCUGGGUGCCUCUGGUGUCCGUAGCAGCUAUUGUGAGUAUUCGCAAGAGGCCUUCAGAGGUCUGUGCCCCGCGUCAUUGUACGGAAAUGUUGUUUCGAUUUGGCUUUCAGACCGGUUAUCCUCUUGGUCGACUGACCUGUGCGACUUCCGGUCAUAGCUUGGCAGCU